AGAAACUACGCCCGACAUUCGUGAACAUCCGGUGUUGUGCUUCUUUUAAAUAUCGCCGGCUGAAUCAUUAGGCUACGGAAGUGUUAGGUUUACUUUUUGUUAGUGUUUAGCUGCUUUUUUGAAGUCCAGAUGUCUUCGUCUACGGUAGAAUUUAAGGUACUUGCAGAUCAGGCAUGCAAAGCAGCAGAAGAAUUCAUUCAUAUUUAUUACGAAACAAUGGACAAAAGGAGGACGGUGUUACCUAAGCUGUACAUGGACACUGCUAGUUUAAUUUGGAAUGGUAAUGCAGUAUCUGGACAGAAAGCCCUAGCAGAGUUUCUUGAAUCACUGCCUGCUAGCGAAUUCACAGUGACUAUGUUAGAUUGCCAACCAGUUCAUGAAGAAGUGUAUUCCAGUGUAGCUGUGUUCAUGCCAGCAGAGAUGUAA